CGAAAAGGUUUUAGACAGUUUGACGCUUUUGACAUCCUAAUUGGAAUAUUUCAUUACACCAAAUGAAAUGUUUAAAGUUUUCGGCAAUAAUAUGACAAAAGAACAUCCGCGGAACUGUUCAAUUUGCUUAAUCUAACAAAGAGCGGACAUGGUUUCUAUUUAAGCGGCAUGUAAUCAACAGAGCAAUGUUUGUGUUGAAUGUGUUGUUGAUGGUGUUGUCAGGCUGCAGCAUAUUGGGAUUAACUAGAUGUCAGAAACAAAUGCAACUUCUUGUUACCAAACAGAGAACAUAUUAUGGUGGUACAUGCCAAUUAGAUGAAGCAGAUACAUUUCUUCAUACAGGACCUGAGAAAAGCAGCAAUGCCGAAACAAUAUUAACUAUAUGGGGAACAUUGAAUGAUUUAUUGGGAAUCAUAGAUUUUAAUGAAGGUCGACUGAACUCAAGUAAGAUAUCACAAGAUAAACUACUAGAGAUAGGUCAAGAAAUUAUCUCUGAAAUAACCAACAGAAUUGACGUAGCAACUGAACAUAUUUGGACCGAAAUUCAGUUAAGUUUAAAAUUAACACCAAUAUAUGAUAUAUCAUUUGCUGUUAAAAGUAUUCUAACAGAUGUAGGGUUUUAUGUUAAGGUAAAUGGAAGGGAGAAGGAUUACUACAGAAGUAUUUUGGUUGAACCUGACCCGCAUAUAAUAAUCCAGCUACGCAGGUUAGCGCCACGACUUGAAGAAAAAAAUACAAAUAAUGGGAAGACGUUACUACAAUGUAUUGCAGAUGACAACCGGUGUAAUAUAACAGCGAUUAAUAAAUUUCGUGAUUUUUAUAUAACCCAAAUUGAAAAUGCCUUGCUGAUUGAGACUGUUAAGAAAAAACUGAGGUUUGGAAACAUUACUCUCGAUGUUGAAAAAAGGUUUUGGAGAAAACAAAUAGAAAGAGUUAAAGUUGCUUUUGCUAUACAAAUCAAACGGUGUGAAGGUGAUUUUCCUAGACUUAUGAAAGAAGAUAUUCUGGUUUACGAUACUCCUGAAGCAUUGCUUCAAGCUACAAGCGCACGAUAUGCCUGGAAAUGUGAUGUAUUUUUUCUGAAGAACACAAAUCAACAGCUCUUUAUUCAAGGGGAAACAGAGUUUUUGUUUAUGACAGAAGCAAAUGGUACGCGAAAAGCCGUCGUAUGCGCCAAAACCGCAAGCGGAAACGGGUUUGGGGCAAUCAGAGCGAGCAGAAACACUUCCAGCACCAACAGUUCCUUGAAAAUCCCUAUCGUCUGCAUCAAAAUAAGAUAUCGUAAAUAUGUUGGCCUUGACAAACUGCAUGCAGGUAAUCUAUUAUGGGCGAGUUCAACUGACGAAGUGGCUGGUGGAUAUAUGGAGACAACCUUCUUCUUCGACAGAAAAUCUACAGAAUGUUUUGUGCAUACCGAACUUUUCCAGGCAUCAUACUCGGGAGACAUUUGGUUUCAAAUUUCGGUUUUGGUUAUAAUGACUUGCUUGAAAUUUGCAUUCUAAAACGUGCAAAGCUGUUCUAUAACAUAUAUCAAUAAUAUUAUAUGUAUAUGAACGGACUAUAUGUAUUUCCACAAAGAAAAGUUUCCCAUGUUUGUCUAGGUUUUGAAAAUAUGCGGUAGUCCAAUUUAUGUUUCAUAAACACAUAUAAAACUGUGCUGCGUCCUGUAGAAAAUAGUGGUUCUGUUUUAAUAUGGUCAUUUUUAUCAUACUUUUAUAUCUUUUAAAGCAAAAUGCCAUUUUGACCACCAAAAACGAUCAAAU